AUGGGACCGUGUGAACGAAGCGAUCGUGUGCCCGAGGGUAAGAGCGCACAUACGUUGUUGUUGGCUGGUGUGUUCCGAGGUGGUUUCGAUGUCCUGGCAAAGGCAAAACUUGCGAUUGAUCCAGCCGAUCAGACUGUUACAUUGAAUCUUGUUGUGCGGUCGGAUAAUGAGAGCGUGAGUGCAGCAAUAGCCAGUGCUAUCGAGUAG